AUGCCCUCGGCAAGUGACGACAAGGCCCUCCUCGUCCAGAAAUACUACCGCGACCUGAUCUCGGGCAGCCACAUUCUUCACUACCACAAUGUCCUGGACGCCUUUGGCCACUUAUCAUUCCGGCACCCCUUCAACCCGCAAAUCUUUGUCAUGUCCCGAAAUGCCGCUCCAGGAACGAUCUCUUCUGCGGACGACUUGAUCGAGUACUACAUCGAGGACGCCCAACCGGUCGACCCCAAGGCGCCGCUGGGGUUUCUGGAGCGCUGCAUCCACAGCGAAUGCUACAAACGCUACCCAGGUAUUCAAGCCGUCAUUCACAGUCACUCGGAGGCCGUGGUGCCGUAUACUAUCAGCGGUGUCCCCCUGCGAGCGUGCUACCAUAUGGCCGGGUUUCUCGGCACCAGCGUGCCCGUCUGGGAUAUUGCGGAGGCGCAGCAAGCGGACGACAUCAGCGAUCUGCUCGUGCGCAACACGCGCCUUGGAAGUUCUCUUGCUAGUUCCUUUGCUGGCACUGCUAGAGAUGAUGAUACAUCGGGAGGAGGAGACCAAUUGCCACAUCACGUCGUGGCGUUGAUGCGAGGUCAUGGCUUUACUGUACUUGCCGGAAGCAUUCAGGAUUGUGUCAUGAGGGCCGUCUACACGCAGAAGAACGCCAUGAUCCAGACCACGGCCUUGGUUACACGGGCUGCAAGUGGAUUUACUGGUGGCAGUGUUAGCUACCUCAGUCAGAAGGAGGCGGUGGACUCGAAAUGGUCCAUCAGAGAGUCUGCCCAUCGGCCCUGGAAGCUUUGGCUUCGCGAGGUAGAAGCUUCCAAUCUCUAUACGAACUCGGCAUGA